AUGGUGUCAAACAUCGCGGUGUCAAACAUCGCGGUGCCAAACAUCGCGGUGCCAAACAUCGCGGUGUCAAACAUCGCGGUGCCAAACAUCGCGGUGCCAAACAUCACGGUGCUAAACAUCGCGGUGCCAAACAUCACGGUGCCAAACAUCACGGUGCCAAACAUGACGGUGCUAAACAUCACGGUGCAAAACAUCACGGUGCUAAACAUCAUGGUGUCAUACAUCACGGUGUCAAACAUCACGGUGCCAAACAUCACGGUGUCAAACAUCACGGUGCUAAACAUCACGGUGUCAUACAUCACGAUGCCAAACACCGCGGUGCUAAACAUCACGGUGCCAAACAUCACGGUGCAAAACAUCACGGUGCUAAACAUCACGGUGUCAAACAUCACGGUGCCAAACAUCGCGGUGCUAAACAUCGCGGUGCCAAACAUUACGGUGCCAAACAUCACGGUGCUAAACAUCACGGUGCAAAACAUCACGGUGCUAAACAUCAUGGUGUCAUACAUCACGGUGUCAAACAUCACGGUGCCAAACAUCACGGUGCCAAACAUCGCGGUGUAA